AUGUUGUGGAAACUAUCAGCUGGAAGCUACUGCAUCCAACCAACAGUCGAGACAACAAAGAUUGUCCUGAGACUGCUGAAGAGUAUGAACGAGCUACAAGCCUACCUUUUGCUUACGUUUAGGUACAACUACUCACCUGCUGAAAAGACAGCACUCAUCCAAACAAUAUCGAUGAUAAAGGGCUUGCAGUCGUUAUUGGGGCGCAUAGAAUCGUCUCUUUCAAAUGCUAUAAGACGGCAUGUAUACACUGAGCUACAAACAUUUGUCCAGCAUGCUUUCAACGAACCAAUACAGAAGGCUGUCAAGGGCAAAAAAGACCUACUGGCCAGAAAAUAUUGUUUGGAAGCGCAUCAAAAUAUUUCGUGUUUAGCAUAUUACAAUCCGUCCGAGAUACUUGCGUUGAUACGUAUUCAAUGGAGUCACGACCUUCAGUGGAAAAGGUAAAA